UAGUGGUCUGCGCAUGCGCUCUCUGGAAUUAUGAGCCGUUUUGGGAUCUACUGCGUUUUUAUUUUCUUAUUAAUUAAAAGCCCGAGUUUUAUCCUCUUUAUCUGCUUCGCCAUUUAUGUUUACAUGCAUUACAGAACGAGAUAAGAAGAGAUGCGAGUAGAACCGAAAGGAGGAGGAUGACCUACAUAAUAGCCUGGAUAACAGCACGGUGGAUGUUUUGACUGUGGAUUUUUUUUUUUUUUUUUUCCCCACUGCCCAUCGUUUGUGUAAACACGUCACAGUAGAGCUCGUCCUUGUCUCUGCAGCUCCGUGUGGCGUCAGUCUGAGGUGAUGGACUGUGCUGUUCCAGUUACGGAGGUCGUCCCAAAAACCAGCAGCUACACACCGGGGCGUGUUGCGUUACCGAGCGGCGGUAAGACGCAGGAAAGUCCAGAUAAGAGGCCGAUAUAAACAGCCAGAGACCCGGACACAGACAGACAGUCAGACAGACAGCACCCACCACCGGAACACACUGCACUCACAGCACAAAAGACAAACAGCUGUUACAUCUGACAACACCAAGCAGAAGCUCCAGGUAUCCUGUGCUGCCUGCUCUACUCCCUAGACUGAGAUAAUGGGUCUCAAAUUGUCGGUUUGGGUUGUACAGUUGACAGAGGACAACCCUUCGUCCUCUACUUCGGCUUUCUCUCCACUAGCUGUCUCCACAUCCUCUCGCCUGGAAAUUAUUCUCAGCUCCUCUCCCGUUGCUCCUGGCAACGAACGCUCACAGUGGAGCUCUAGGCACUGCUCCCCUCACUUCCAGCUGUCUGCAUGCAAAGAGGAGGCGACACGUUCACCUGUUGAGCAAAGCAGUGAUGGGUUGAGGGCAGAAACAGGGGUGAGCAGUGGACUUCACGUCUGGGAAGUGCAAUGGAACCCCAACCACAGAGGAAGUCAUGCUGUCAUUGGCAUUUCCACUAUGCACUGUCCCCUCCAGGCCUCAGGGUACAACGUUCUGGUAGGUGGAGAUUCACAGUCAUGGGGCUGGGAACUUAAAACUAAUCAGCUCUGGCAUGAUGGACAGAGUGUUGGACUUUACCCACAGAAGAGGAGGUGUCACUCUGAAGCUCCAGAGGAUUUUAGGAUACAGUCUUUGCAGUCUGUGGGGACUGCUCUUGCCAUUCCAGAGUGUGUCCUGAUGGUCCUGGACUCUGACGCAGGGACUCUGGGAUUUAUUGAUGGUAGCUUCCUUGGUGUUGCUUUCAAAGACCUCCCAUGUGGUAUGGAGCUGUUUCCAGCAGUAAGCAGUGUGAGGGGAGGGGCCAGCAUACGGCUACGAUAUCUGAUGGUGCUAAACGUGAGUACCAAUGAUCCUCCAGCUCUGAUGGCUUUGUGUGGACUUUCUAUCCCAGUUUUGGGUCAACAGAGGCUAAAUCAAACUGACAAACUGCCUCUGCCGCCUUUUCUCCAGCGCCAUCUGCUUUCUAGUCUGUAGUGCACUCUCACACAUACAGAGAUUAAUAGGAUUUUUUUGUCAGUCAAGAACUUUCAAGGCAUCUCCUUUAAUGAUUGAAAAUGAGCCAUUUGUGAGAAAAUAAACUGUUAGAAUUUUCAUAUUUGUAUUUUUCAUAUUAAAUGUUGAGUUUCAAAGCAUUCACAGUUAAUGUAAAAUUUGCUGUACUGAUUUAUAUUUUGUUCUGUGCAAUAAAAUAAAUGACUACCCAGAUGUCAAA